AUGUUACCAGACGGGAUCUGUCCCAGGCUCUGAUUGGAGAACGAGACGCCACGUGCACCUGCCCCUGACUACACCAACCACAUCACAGAAGUCUCAUUGGAUUUCGUGUCAGGUUUACAGUUGAGCCGUCAACGUUUUUGGCUGGCUUUGUAGAGAAGGACCAGGAAGCAGUCCCUCGCUCUGGGCCAGUUUAUUCUGUGUGGGGUGAAGGGACACGAUGGCUGUGAGCGGGUUUGACAUCGAUGCUCCUCGCUGGGAUCAGUCCACCUUCACCGGCCGGCUGAAGCACUUCUUCAACAUCACCGACUGGAGGACAGCCCUGCUCCCAGACGCUCGCCUGGAUGAGGCUAAAGCACUGGUGGAGAGCUGCAGGGCUGGUUCGGUUCCCCCCGGCACCACGGAGGAACAGCUCCACUACGCCAAGAAGCUGUACGAUUCUGCUUUCCACCCUGACACCGCGGAGCGCAUGAACCUGACAGGACGCAUGUCCUUCCAGGUCCCUGGGGGAAUGGCCAUCACAGGCUGCAUGCUGCAGUUCUACAGGACAGUUCCUGCUGUGGUGUUCUGGCAGUGGGUCAAUCAGUCCUUCAACGCUCUGGUCAACUACACCAACCGCAACGCAGCCUCUUCUAUCACCUCCAGGCAGAUUGGAGUGGCCUACUUCACAGCUACCAGUACUGCUCUGGCUACUGCAGUGGGGCUUAAUCUCUACACAAAGAAAGCUCCUCCCCUUGUGGCGCGCUGGGUUCCGUUUGUGGCAGUGGCAUCCUCUAACUGUGUCAACAUCCCCAUGAUGAGGCAGCAGGAGCUCCUUAACGGCGUGGCUGUGACAGAUGAGAGUGGUGCCAGGCUGGGCCAGUCCAAGAAGGCAGCCGUGAAGGGCAUCACACAGGUGGUCAUUUCCAGGGUUACCAUGGCAGCGCCGGGCAUGAUCAUCCUCCCCAUCAUCAUGCAGAGACUUGAGAAAUAUCCCUUCAUGCAGAGGAUCACGUUUCUCCACGGGCCCAUACAAGUGAUGAUGGUUGGCGUUUUUCUGGUGUUCAUGGUGCCAGCUGCCUGCUCACUAUUCCCUCAGACAUGCUCCAUGGCUGUGUCCAAACUGGAACCAGAGCUGAGAGACUCCAUCUUGCGUCGCUAUGGAGACAGUGUUCAGUACGUCUACUUCAAUAAGGGCCUCUGAAGACCUCCACAUCAGCUCCAUGUCCCUGGAGACACGGAGAUACUCUCUGAUAUUAUCUUUACACAUGUUUACACAUCUAGCAGAUGCCUUUAUCCACAGCGUCUGACACACACUGUCUGUGAGGUUUAACUUCAACAUUCACUGUUGACGAAUCUGACAGGCUGGUGAGAGAAACUACAAAGAGUUUAUUUUGAUUAAUUUCAUUUUGAACCGCUGUCUUUUGUCAAAUGCACACAGUCAGAGAGGUGUUUCAUCUUUGAAAGAGACUUGAGCAGGUUUGUCAGAUGUCCAGGUCAACUGUUAUUGAAGAAUAUUAAAAUGUGUCUGAUAGUCCGGUUUGGUACAAGAGACCGGAUACCGAUUGUUCACCACGGUUUGUUAUCCGGAGGAAGAUGGUGAGUCACUGCCCUCUAGUGGGCAGAUAGGGACAAGACCCUUCGCUACCUUUACGGAAAUAAGGUUCUCCAAAAGCAAAUAACCAUGACUGUUAGACUUAACUUUCAUGGUGACAGCGGACGAAAUAAAGGCAUGCAAACUGA